AUGGGCCCUUCUCCAAAUGUUAGCCGGAUUGAGCUGGGCGACGUGACGCCACACAACAUUAAGCAACUGAAGCGGUUAAACCAGGUCAUCUUUCCUGUCAGCUACAAUGACAAGUUCUACAAGGAUGUCCUAGAAGUCGGCGAGCUCGCCAAGCUGGCCUAUUUCAACGACAUCGCAGUGGGUGCCGUGUGCUGUCGAGUGGAUCACUCCCAGAACCAGAAACGGCUGUACAUCAUGACGCUUGGAUGCCUGGCCCCUUACCGAAGGUUGGGAAUAGGAACUAAAAUGUUGAAUCAUGUGUUAAACAUCUGUGGAAAAGAUGGCACUUUUGACAAUAUCUAUCUACAUGUCCAGAUUAGCAACGAGUCUGCCAUUGACUUCUACAGGAAGUUUGGCUUUGAGAUCAUCGAGACGAAGAAGAAUUACUACAAGAGGAUAGAACCGGCAGACGCCCAUGUGCUGCAGAAAAACCUCAAGGUCCCCUGCCUUGGCCAGAACACAGAUGUGCAAAAGGCCGACAACUGAACAAAAAACCCCAGUGAACACUUUUGUGCACUUGCUUGUCACCAAAUAAGGAAAGAGAGGCCUCUUCUCCCCCCCUCCCCUUUCUCCUAAUGUGUGUUGUAUCCUCUCCAACAAAUUAAUAACUUUCUGAGGAUUGUCCAGUUGUGUGUUUGGGUUUUACAGCUCUAC